AUGUGGGAAAUGAGACGUCACACAGGUGAGAAACCAUUUACCUGUUCUGAGUGUGGGAAAUGUUUUACAGAUAAAUCAGGUCUUGUUAUACAUGAGAGAAUUCACACUGGUGAGAAGCCAUUUCCAUGCCGUGAGUGUGGGAAAAGUUUUACACAUAAAUUAGCUCUUGUUAACCAUCAGAGAACUCAUAUAGGUGAGAAACCAUUUCCAUGUUCUGAGUGUGGGAAAUGUUUUACACAGAAAUCAGCUCUUGUUAUACAUAGGAGACGUCACACAGGUGAGAAACCAUUUACCUGCUCUGAGUGUGGAAGAUGUUAUACACAUAAAUCAGGUUUUCUUAUACAUGAGAGAAUUCACACAGGUGAAAAGCCAUUUCCAUGCCAUGAUUGUGGGAAAUGUUUUACACACAAAUCAGCUCUUGUUAGACAUGAGAGAUGCCAUACAGAUGAAAAGCCAUUUCCAUGCUCUGACUGUGGGAAAUGUUUCUCAUGCAAAGCAGCUCUUGUUAUACAUGAGAAAAGUCACACAGGUGAGAAGCCAUUUCCGUGUUCUGAACAUCACACAGGUGAGAAACCGUUUACAUGCUCUGAGUGUGGGAAAUGUUUUUCACGCAAAUCAACUCUUGUUAUGCAUGAGAGAAUACACACAGAUCUUGUUAUACAUGAGAUAAUGCAUGGAGGUAAGAAACAAUUUCCAUGCUCUGAGUGUGGGAAAUAUUUUAUACACAAAUCAGAUCUUAUUAGACAUGAGAGAAGUCACACAGGUGAAAAACCUUUUACAUGUUCGGAGUGUGGGAAAUGUUUCUCACGCAGAUCAGCUGUUGUUAGACAUCAGAGAAGUCACACAGGUGAGAGGCCAUUUACAUGCUGUGAGUGUGGGAAAUGUUUUAUAAAGAAAUCAGAUCUUGUUACACAUCAGAGAAGUCACACAGGUGAGAGACCAUUCACAUGUGAGUGUGGGAAAUGUUUUAUGUGGAAAUCAUCUCUUCUUAGACAUCAGAGAAGUCACACAGGAGAGAACCAGCUAUUGAAAGACAAGUCACAGUUGAAUUGACUUGAUUAAACAAUGUUGCAUUAAUAAUUGUAUAAUAAAUCUGUAAUAAGAAUGUGUAUUUAGUUCCUUCCAAUAGAAUUCAAAGCACUUUGCAUUAUUGUAUAUGGUGAGGCAGCAAUUUUGUGUAUGUGCAGUUUUUAUUCUGAGAAAGCAUUCACAACAAUCCCUGCUCCAUUGGAGCUUACAUUCUACCUUACAUAUGAGACGACAGGUUUCAAUUGUGCCAAAAACCACUUAAUCUAUCAGUCUGUGAACUUGUGGGAGGUGACCUGUGGCAGUAUGGAGAGAACAUGCAAAGUCCACAGAAAUAGGCCUUGGGAACCAUAGCUGAGAAUCCAGUGCAGUGUAGAAGCAAUUCUAAACACUAUGCCGCGUAAACCUAAUUAAUCAAAAUGAUUAAAUGUAAAGAGUGUACUCAGUGCACGGGGGAGAGAAUGCCUCUCCUAACAUAAAACCUGUUCCCAGUGGUGCCUUCAGGGGGAUAGAAGCUCAGCCACCCCUCCAUUAUCCAUUACUAGCAACUACAAAACAAGCCGAGCUUCCAUGCAACAUACAAAGCAGGAAGAAAAAGAAGACUCCUUUUGGGUGCACUCUUAAGGAUCAAAGAUGGAAUUUAUUAAAACAUAACUUUUAUUUGGUUAUUUAAUAUAUUGGUGUAUUCAACAAAGACUAACAACAUUUAUGUAACAAGAGUAUCAGUCAAUAUUAAUAAAUAUUCAUG